UGAGCUCCACGUCACGCGGUUUCUCCCGUGGACAUGGACGUGGACAGGUUUCUGUCUCGUAUCGGGUUCUCGGGUCCUGCACAGGAGCCCAGCCUGGAGCUGCUCCGCUCGGUCCACACCUGCCACCUGCUCUCGGUUCCGUUUGAGAACCUGACGGUCCACAGUGGCGGACGGGUCCAGCUCCAAGCCCCCCUCCUGUACGACAAGAUCGUGACCCGGCGCCGAGGGGGGUUCUGCUUCGAGAACAACUCCCUGUUCUCCUGGUUCCUGACCCGGCUGGGCUUCCACGUGACCCUGCUCUCCGCUCAGGUGAGGAGUCCGAACACGGGUCGCUACGGACCCCCCUUUGACCACCUGAUCCUGAUGGUCACCUUGGAGGGGGGGCGGUGGCUGUGCGACGUCGGGUUCGGAGUUCCGGGCUUUUGGUCCCCUCUGUCACUGGAGACCAGCGCCCCCCAGGAGCAGGGCCACCGGGUUUACCGGGUCAGGAGGACCACGGGGAUGCUCUUUGUGGAGUGGCAGAAGGAGGGAGGGGGCCCAGCUGGAGACUGGACAGAGAUCUACAAGUUCACCCUUGAACCUCGGCGUCUGGAGGACUUCAGGGAGAUGUGUUUGUACCACCAGAGUUCUCCGUGCUCCAUUUUCUUCUGCAAGUCCCUGUGCACGCUGCUAAAACCAGGAGGAAGGGUCACCUACAUUGGUCACAGGUUGAUCACCACCACUUUCCCAUCGGAGGCGACAGGUUUGGUAGAAACGAGCCGGGACCUUGAAGACGAGGAGAUCCCUGAGGUUUUAAAAGAACAUUUUGGAAUCGAACUCCCGUCUCCUCUUCGGCCAAAGGAUGAGGCUGUGACUCUACCACCAGUUGUGUACUGAUCUUCUGAACAACCCGAGAUGAUUUAAAGUAGUGACCGAGCCACUUGAAAUAAAGUAUUUGUCAUAA